UGAUUCUAGCAAAAUAUUUUCAAACAAGUAACGAAGUGUUGAUGUGGACAGAAAAUUCUAUUCUGUUUAUCCUGAAUCGUAAACAAAACCUGUGAAAAAAGUAGUAUUUUAGCAGAUUUUCCCUAGACCAACAGGAUGGAAGACACCGGCAAGGAUGAUUACAUUCAAAAAAGAAUCAAUAAAAUUCUUGAAACGCGCAUCGAUUCGGACCGCGAAACUCUCGAUGCUUUGACGGAUUUGUCUGAAUUUUAUACAGAAAAUUCGAUUCAAUCGCGGCGAAAUCUCCGUAGCCAGAUUGAACGACGGAGUUUGGCUAUCAAUGAGAAUUUUUUAGGAGCGUUCCGGGAGGUCAAGCAAGCCCUGGAUGGUAUUUGUAAAGAAAUCGAUGACAUCAGUACCUCUGUUGAAGACAUGAAGCUCCAGCUAAGCAACACCGAGGCCCAGCAAAAGGAUUUAAUAGAGAAGGCAAAAUCGCUGCAAGCCGAAAACGAUAAGCUGCAGUUGCAGCAGAAAAUCGCAUCCGGUUUCCUGUCUCGUUUCCAGCUGUCGGUAACAGAACAUCAGACUCUGUACGGAGCGACCCGAGACGAACCGAUAACUGGGGAAUUUUUUACCGUGCUUGAUCGCGUGCAAACGAUUCACUCGGAUUGUAAAACCCUGCUGCAGAGUGGCUACCAAACGGCUGCAUUGGAUAUUAUGGAAGAAAUGACUUUGCACCAAGAGGCGGCCCUCGAACGGCUGUAUCGGUGGACUCAAAGCCACUGCCGAAAUGUAGACACCAAUGAGAUCGGCCAUUUGGUGACUCAGGCAAUGGCUCGACUACAGGAGCGACCAGUUUUGUUCAAAUACGUUAUUGAUGAGUAUUCGACCGCUAGAAGAUCGGUGGUCGUCAGAAGCUUUAUCGAUGCUUUAACAGUUGGAGAAGCAAACGUAAAACCGAUAGAAAUGCUUGCGCAUGAUCCCAAGCGCUAUAUCGGGGAUAUGUUCGCUUAUAUUCAUCAAAUUUUGCCAGUUGAACGCGAAAAUCUGCUAAUGUUGGUAAAAAUGUGCGACAAAGACGUCACCGAACAGACACAACUGGCAAUGACUAACAUUUCCGACGGCGUUUGUCAUCCGCUGAAAGUACGCGUAGAAAUGAUUCUGAAUAGCGAAAAGGAUACUAUCGUUUUGUAUUCGAUUUCCAACCUAAUUCGCUUCUACCAGAAUAUUAUCAUUAAUGUGGUCAAAGGUGGACAACUAGAACAAUGCAUCUCGGAACUCCACGCCCAUUCCGAAACGUCAUACUUGAACUCACUGGCGUUUCAGGUUAAACAACUUUUACAAGGUCCUAACGAGCACAAACUAGGGCUUGAACCGCCCCAGACCGAUCUUGUUCCUUCGCCCAGUGUUGGUAGAUUGCUAAAUCUGCUGAAAGAAAUUCUUUCUGUUGCCAGUAUGGUUGAAGGAAGUCAAUCAGACAUUUUGAAAAUCGUUUCCUGCGUUAUCGAUCCUUUGCUUCAGUCUAUUCAGGAAUCUGCUUCCCAUUUACCGACCACGGACAUGGCCGUUUAUUUGCUCAAUUCACUGCAUCAAAUCGAGAGCGUUCUCGCGAUCUACGAGUACAUGGAGGACCGCCUGGAGCGUCUCCAGGCGCAGUCCGACGCUCAGCUUGACACUCUUACCUCAGAGCAGGCUUCGUCGCUGGUCGCAAACCUAAACUUAGGUCCAAUCUACACCGUCCUACAAAGCAACGUUUCCCAGAUCGAGCAACGACAUCUGCAACUGUUCGUGUCAAAAUUGGACAGCUUUUUGGAAAUGCCGGAGAUUUUGCUACUUCCACAGGUAAAUCUACUGCUGAGUGGAAAUCAUCGAUCAACGGUACAAAAGCGCUCAUUCAACGUGAUUGUGGCUAUCUACAAGCAGAUUUACGAGCGGAUUCAUGACCCUGCCAACGGUUAUGAGCAUCCUGAGGCGGUGUUUUCCAAAACGCCUGAACAGGUGACGGAGCUGUUGUGCGGUUGAUUAUUGAAUGUUUUAGCUGAAUAAUAUAUUUCGCGAACCAA